AUGAGUGCGGUAAAGAGGAAGGGUGGCCCUAGUGCCAAGGGCACAAAAGAAAACCCGGCGAAACGAAAGAAAUUCGAUACACCAGAGAAGAAGAAUGCUAAAUCGCUAGGGCAAAAUGGGACGAAGGCGCCGGCUUCCGCAAAGGAAUCGAUAUUGACGAACCCCCAGGCGACGAAGACCUCAAUCUUGUCCUCGCUCAAGGAUGAUGAGCCAAUGUUCCCUCGAGGAGGGGGUAAUAUCCUCACUCCACUCGAGCAGAAGAAGAUUCAAAUGCAGGCGAAGGAGGAUGCUCUUCAAGAAGAUGAGCUCGAGACCUCCUCCAAGCGAAAGGGUAAGAAGAAGGAGAAGUCCAGGAAGAGAGAAAAGAAGACCGCGGACGAGAAGUUUGACCCGGAUGCUGUGAAAGUAGAGAGUUUGAAUUUCAAGAAACUAGUGAAAGGUUCUCUUGUACUGGGACAAAUCAUCGCAAUCAACCCGCUCGACCUUGUAGUUGCGCUUCCUAACAAUCUCACCGGCACUGUCUCGAUCACCGCCAUCUCCGAUACCCUUACAACUCGCCUUCAGGAGCAAGAGGCCACCUCGGAUGACGAGAAUGACGAGCAGCCGACGGCGCAGGAAAUCGAUCUUUCGUCUCUCUUCCACAUCGGACAGUACAUCAGGGCUUCAGUUCUUUCUACAAUGGACGAAUCCAAGCUGGAAAAGAAGGGCAAGGCCAAGGCCAAGAAGCGGAUCGACCUUUCACUCCGACCAUCCGAUACGAACCCAGAGCUCACGACCGAGGACAUUGUCACUAGUGCGUCGCUUAUGGCUUCUGUUAUUAGCGUUGAAGAUCAUGGUUGUAUCAUGGACAUUGGACUCGAGGGCUCCGAUAUUCGCGGUUUCCUCCCGAAGAAGGAGAUUGACGAAAGCAUCGGCCAGCGCCGCCUCCAGCCCGGCAACGUCUUCCUAUGUCUCGUGACUGGCCGGAGCCCCAACAAGCGGGUUGUUCAACUUACCACGGUUGCCGAAAAGCUCGGUUCGCUGAAGGCGGUUCCCUACGAUGCGACGACCAUUAACACCUUCCUCCCCGGCUCUGUUGCGGAGGUGUUGAUUACCGAUACAACUUGGGGGGGCGUGAUCGGCAAAGUCCUAGGACAACUUGAUGUGACUGCCGAUAUCGUACACUCCGGGGUAGCUAGUGACGCGGUCAACAUUGAAACUGCCUGCAAAAUAGGUUCGAAGAUUAAGGCGAGGGUGGUUUGCAACUUUGCCACCGCAAAGGACCCUAAGCUGGGCAUAUCUUUGCUGCCCCAUGUCCUUACACUUACUCGGAAGAAUGUUUCAACCGAAGAUGGUGAGGUGAAGAGUCCACUUGAGGCGCUGCCGAUCUCGUCUAUAGUUGAGAAAUGUGUUGUCAAAAAGGUGGAGAACGACAUGGGCCUGUUCGUCGAUAUCGGCCUGGACGGCCACCGUGGAUUUGUUCACAUCUCCCGAGUCAAAGACGGAAAGGUUGACGCACUCUUCGAGAACAGCGGCCCGUACAAGGUCGACUCAGAGCACCGAGGCCGUGUGUUAGGAUACAACCCUGUGGAUGGUAUCUUCCAACUUUCUUUCGAGCAAAGUGUCCUCGACAAGAAGUACCUUCGACUCGAGGAUAUUCCCAUCGGCGAAGUCGUUAGCUGCACGGUUGAGGCGGUCGUCAUUGGCCCUGAAGGCGUCAAGGGUCUCAUUGUGAAGUUGGCCGAUGGCAUAACCGGAUUCAUCACCGAAAGGCAUCUCUCUGACGUGCAGUUGCAGCAUCCCGAGAAGAAGUUCCGAGAAGGCAUGACUGUCAAGGCUCGUGUACUUUCCGUCGACCUGCUCGAGCGGCAAAUGCGCCUGACCCUGAAGAAGACUCUUGUCAACUCGGAUGCGCCAGUCGUCAAGACCUUUGACGAUGUGGCAGUUGGCAUGCAAGUGCCCGGUACGAUCGUCAAGGUGCUCCCUAAUGGCGCUUCGGUUCAGUUUUACGGAUCGCUUAGGGGCUUCCUGCCGCGCUCAGAGGUGAGCGAGGCUUUCAUUCGCAACCCCGAGGAGCACUUCCGCGCUGGCCAAGUCGUUAGCCUUCACAUUAUCGAUGUAGAUCCUGAGACGAACAAGCUGAUUGUCUCCUGCAAGGAUCCUUCAUCUUUCGGCGUUGAAAAGCAAACUGCGCUGAAGAACCUCCAGAUCGGGGAUAUCGUCUCCGGGAAAGUGACGGAGAAGACGGAGGAUGUGAUUCUCGAACUGGAUGGUAGCGGCCUUAGAGCGACUCUCUCUGUAGGCCAGCUAACUGACAGGUCCCUCAAGAAAUGCCACUCUGAGCUCAAGCGGAUACAUGUCGGGCAAACUCUCAACGACUUGAUGGUCAUCGACAAGCAUGACCGACGGAGAGCAAUCGUCCUAACUAGGAAGCCUAGUCUCAUCGAGGCUCAGAAGUCGGGCAAACUGCUUGUGGAUGCUAGUGCUGUCAAGGUUGGUGAUGUCCUCGCCGGCUAUGUGCGGGACAUACUGCCUGGCGGUGUCCUCGUACAAUUUGGCGGUGGCACCCGAGCGCUAUUGCCCAAGUCUCGCAUUCCUGCCGAAGCCCGAGAAAAGGAGGAUUUCGGCAUGUUUAAGUUGCAGUCUCUCACCGUCAAGAUUGUAUCCGUUAUUCCUGAUCAAGGUCGCUUGGUGGCCGCUCUCCCCACGUCAGAGGAGGAGGAAGCCAGUGAGACUGAGCUCGCCUUUGGAUCACGCGUAAAGGCAACAAUCGCCUCUGUCCGUGACACUCAGCUAAACGUCAGGGUCAAUGGAAACCAGCAUGGAAGGAUUGACAUGUCUGAGCUCUUCGAUAAGUGGGCGGACAUUAAGGAUCCCAAGUCUGCUUUGGCCUCGUUCAAUCAGAACGAUGUCAUCGACGUCCGGGUGCUUGGUACUCACGACGCGCGAAACCAUCGCUUCCUUCCUAUUUCCCAUCGCGGAUCCAGUCACCAGGUCCUUGAGCUUACAGCCAAACCGAGUGCGCUGAAAAGCGAACCGCUUGAGGCAGUUACCAUCGACAAGAUCGAGGUCGGAGCCGACUACAUUGCCUUUGUUAAUGCGACUGCCGAACGACACAUCUGGGUCAAUCUUUCGCCUUUUGUGAGAAGUCGCCUGAACGCCGUCGACAUCUCAGAUGACGUCUCUGUUCUUAAGGAUAUCCCAGGCAACUACCCAGUUGGUUCGGCGCUCAAGGUCCGAGUACUCUCCGUCAACGUCGAGACUGGCAGAGUUGACGUUUCGGCCAGCCGCCGCGCUACAACUUCCACCCUAUCCUGGGACGACGUGAAGCCCAAUGACAUCCUGACCGGGCGGGUCACCAAGGCCAACGAACGCCAGGUUCUCGUUCAACUGAAUAACACUCUUGCCGGGCCUAUCCAUUUGCCUGAUCUUGCUGACGACUACUCUGACGCAAAGCCCUUAAACUACAAGAAGAACGAUCUCAUCAAAGUUUCUGUCGUCGAAGUUGACAGGGCCAACAAGCGGCUUCGGCUUUCGACUCGCCCCUCGCGGAUCCUCAGCUCUGAUGCCCAGGUUGUAGAUCGAGAGAUUACGAGCGUCUCCGACAUCACUAACGGUGAUAUUGUACGGGGAUUCGUGAAAUCUGUCACCGAUGUCGGUCUCUUUGUUCUCCUGGGUGGCCACGUUUCCGCCUACGUCAAGAUUGCCAACCUUUCGGACAAGUUCCUCCAGAAGUGGAAGGACGAGUUCCAAGUCGACCAACUCGUCAAGGGCAGGGUUAUCCUUGUGGACACCGUCGCCGGGCGAAUUGAGCUGAGUCUAAAGGAGUCGGCUGUUGACGAGAACUACGUUCCUCUCAAGACCUUUAGCGACAUCAAGGAGGGCCAGAUCCACACUGGCAAGGUCCGCAAGGUGGAAUCAUACGGUGCGUUUAUCGAACUUGACCACUCGGCCAACAUCAGAGGUCUCUGCCACCGAAGCGAAAUGGCGGAGGAGCCCGUGAGCGAUCCUCACAAGCUCUAUACCGAAGGCGACGCAGUCAAGGUAUACGUCGUAUCGGUUGAUGAGGAGAAGAAGCGCCUCAGCCUGAGCAUGAAGCCGUCCCACUUUGACGGCGACUCCGAUUCGGACCUCGAUAUGGAUGAUGCCGAUAGCGAUGCCGGUGCACCCGUCGACGUAGAAAUGGACGAUGUUUCCGACGACGAUGAAGAUGAAGAUGAAGCUAUGGGUGACUUGAAGAUUGAAAUCAGUGACGGCAGUGAUGAGGAAGACGAGGAUGACCAAGAAGGUGGAGUCGAUCUGGUGGGCGGUGGUCUGGGUGCCGCUAGCUCCAAGUACGACUGGGCUGCCGACGCUUUCGGUGACGGCGACGCGGAGUCGGAGGACGAAGACGAGUCCGGAGCAAAGGGCUCCGAGGCGCGCAGGAAACACAAGCGGGCGCGCAUCGAGGUCGACAAGACAGCGGCGCUAGACGUCAACGGCCCACAGAACGCCACCGAUUACGAGCGUCUCCUCCUCGGCCAGCCGGAUUCCUCAGAGCUAUGGAUCGCCUACAUGGCUCUACAGAUGCAGGUCAGCGAGCUUGCCAAGGCUCGUGAGAUCGCGGAAAGGGCGCUUAAGACUAUCAACAUCCGGGAGCAGACGGAGAAGCUGAACGUGUGGAUCGCGUAUCUUAACCUAGAGAUGGUGUAUGGUACGAAGGAGUCGCUGAGCGAAGUGUUUAAGCGGGCGUGCCAGUACAACGACGAGCAGGAGGUCCAUGAGAGGCUCAUUAGCAUCUACAUCCGAACGGGCAAGCACAAGGAGGCCGAAGAGCUCUUCCAAGCCAUGACCAAGAAGUUCGGCUCCAAGUCACCUCAAGUCUGGCUCAACUACGGCCACUUCCUCUACGUGACCCUCGAAGCUCCUGAGCGAGGCCGAGCACUCCUCGCCAGGGCGCGUCAAAGCCUCGAUCAGCGCCACCACCUCAACACCUCCGUCCGCUACGCAGCGUUCGAGUGGAGAUCACCCAAGGGAGACCCCGAAAAAGGCCGAACCUUCUUCGAGGGCAUCCUCUCCAAAUACCCCAAGAAGGGCGACAUCUGGAAGCAGCUCCUAGAUCUUGAAAUGGGAAGCGGCGGCGAUAAGGCCGAUGCGACAGUGAUCCGCGACGUGUUCGAGCGGAGGACGAAGGUCAAAGGCUUGAAACCGCUGCAGGCCAAGAAGUGGUUCGAAAAGUGGGCGGAUUGGGAGGCGAAGAGCGAUUCUAAGGGCAGGGAGAGGAUUAUGGCGAGGGCGGGAGAGUGGGUUGCUGCGUACAAGGCGAGGCAGGCGGCAAAGCAGCAGAAGCAGGAGGAGGAAGAAGAUGCCGAGGAGCUUGAAGACAUGGCCAAAAUCGAGCUCUGGCUGGUCUUGAUUGUCCUUUUUGCCAAGUCUUUGUUGUGUUUCUUGGCCUUGAAGAUAUUUCGUGUCUCAGGGUACUCGGGUACCGAAAUACCCUGGUUCCGGUUUUUCGCGACCCUCUCCCCCGUCAAGCGCGCCAUCCCCCUCACCCUCCCAUCCCACUACCACAGGUUCUUCCUCCGCUCUGCAAGGCGCGCUCUUAGCGUUCCAUCAAGGAUCUCCUCCUCGACGACCCAUUCCCGGAACACAGCCGACUCCGCCACAGCCUCGACCGAAACCCCAAGCGAAACCGAAGCCAACCACGUCAUCCCGACCCGCCAAUUCGUUGGCACCAACGAACGCGACGCCGAGGGAGGCUUCUCCAUCUCGAAGCGAUGCGCCCCUCUCUACGCAGAAUUCGCAUUAAAGGGGGGAAUAAGCCCCGUCUCGACCGGCCAGGCUCCGAGGACGAGCGCCGCGUCGCUGUCGGGUAGCCCAGCGCGGAAUGCGUCUUUUCUUGCGGCAACGUUAGCAGCGAGCAGGUCGUCUUCGCCUGUUCCACCGAGGACUGUGAGUCCCGUGCGUACGGGGCUUGCAUCGGAGAGGACGGAUACCAGUUCUCUUAAACCUGCUACGGCACUGAUAUCGAUGUUUGAGGGUGGUGGGAAGUCGGGGGAUCCUAUCAAGGUCGAUUCGCCGAAGAGGGGGGUGAGUGUGAGGAAGCUGCAGACGCCGUUAGGAAGGCGGUCUGAGGAAAGCCUGGGGAACGCACUUGGGCCUAAGCAAAGAACGGGGCCUGGAGAUACGGCGUUGGUUGCGGCAAGGCAGGUGGCCAGGGUUUCUCCCACGAAUACCGGGAGGUCGGCGUCGGCCAUUCCUGCGCCGCCGCCUCCCAAACGGGCAGGGAAUGCGCAGCGACUGCCGACGCCGCCGCAACCUAGAGUUAAUACCUCAACCAAGCCAGGUGCCUCUACGCGUGCCAGCGGUACUGAGCCGUCUACAACUACGAUUGUGCGUGCGCCCACGACCAUGUCGACUACUCGAAGCCCCUUGCCAACAAAUCUACGAGACGAUGAGGACUUGACUCUUACCAGACGCGAUACGAACGACACCACUUCCUCCCACGAUACCUUUGUGUCUGCCUCCUCGAUACAGUCCCCUUCACCUCCACCCUCAUCUCGCUCACCAUCCCACACACCGCAACCACCAACCCGUACACCAACCUCCACAUCUCCCGCCCCUCGACCGGCCCCUCCACCCCGUCGCAAGCCAGGCGGCACCGCCGCCCCUUCCCUCGGCGCCACGGCGUUAUCCAACGCCAUCGUAGCCGGCUCCCUUGCUUCCGCGAGGCUCACACCCAGCAACACAGGCGACACCAACCAUAUCGUCUCUCCUCGUCCUCACCCUUCCCCACGUCUUCUCCAAACCCUCCGCCCCCCCGAGAACCACCACCACUCCGGCCACCAUCACCACACUUCUCCCGACGAAAUCGACCACGAAAAGCGCCACAAGCGAAGUCGUCUGCCUCACAAAAAACAUGCGCAUCAUGAGGGUUCGCGAAAGCGGUGGCGCGACGGCAUGACUGGGGCGCAGAAACGGAGAUACGAGGCCGUGUGGGCGAGUAAUAAGGGGAUCCUCCUCGAUAGACACGUCGACGCGGACGGGAAUCGUAUUUUUGGAGGACCCGGUGAGGGGGAAGGGGAGGAGGAGGAUGGAUAUGUGGUGAACGUGGUUGUGAGGGAGAUUUGGAGGAGGAGUAGGCUGCCGAGUGACGAGCUCGAGGAGGUGUGGGAGUUGGUGGAUAGAGGCCGGAAGGGGGUGUUGGGACGGAGGGAGUUUGUGGUGGGGAUGUGGUUGGUAGAUCAGAGGCUGAGGGGGAGGAAGAUUCCGGCGAGGGUUGGGGAGAGUGUGUGGGAUAGUGCGUGUGGGGUUGUGAUGAAGAGGAAGUGA